AUGCAGUCCUCCCCAAACAUGCUCACCAAGUUUGAGUCGAAAUCCUCCCGAGCCAAGGGAAUCGCAUUCCAUCCGAAACGGCCAUGGAUUCUCGUCUCUCUUCACUCGUCCACCAUCCAGCUCUGGGAUUACCGCAUGGGAACACUCAUUGACCGAUUUGAAGAGCACGAUGGACCCGUCCGAGGCAUCGACUUUCACCCGACUCAACCCCUGUUUGUGUCUGGAGGUGAUGACUAUAAGAUCAAGGUCUGGAGCUACCAGACUCGGAGAUGCCUGUUCACAUUGAACGGUCACUUGGAUUACGUGCGCACUGUCUUCUUCCAUCAUGAGCUCCCUUGGAUCCUGUCUGCGUCCGAUGACCAGACCAUCCGUAUCUGGAAUUGGCAGAACCGAUCAUUGAUUUGCACAAUGACCGGUCACAACCACUAUGUGAUGUGUGCUCAGUUCCACCCCACUGAGGACCUCAUCGCCUCGGCCUCUCUGGAUCAGUCCGUCCGCAUCUGGGAUAUCUCCGGCCUGCGCAAGAAGCACUCGGCACCCACCUCGAUUUCCUUCGAAGACCAAAUGGCACGGGCCAAUCCCAACCAGGCCGAUAUGUUUGGCAACACCGAUGCUAUUGUCAAGUUUGUGCUGGAGGGUCAUGACCGCGGCGUGAACUGGGUGUCGUUCCACCCAACAUUGCCAUUGAUCGUGUCGGCGGGUGAUGAUCGACUUGUUAAGUUGUGGAGAAUGAGCGAAACCAAGGCAUGGGAGGUCGAUACUUGCCGUGGCCAUUUCCAGAACGCCUCGGCCUGUUUGUUCCACCCGCACCAGGACCUCAUCCUCUCUGUCGGCGAAGAUAAGACAAUUCGCGUCUGGGACCUUAACAAGCGCACUUCGGUGCAGUCCUUUAAGCGCGACCUGGAUCGCUUCUGGGUGAUUGCGGCCCACCCCGAGAUCAACCUGUUCGCUGCUGGUCACGACACCGGUGUCAUGGUGUUCAAGCUGGAGCGCGAGCGACCUGCUUCUGCCGUUUACCAGAACCAGCUCUUUUAUAUCACCAAGGAGAAGCACGUCAAGUCGUAUGACUUUGCCAAAAAUGUCGAAUCCCCGCCAAUGCUCUCCCUGCGCAAACUGGGUUCCCCUUGGGUCCCGCCGCGCACCGUUUCCUACAACCCAGCCGAGCGUGCCAUUCUGGUGACCUCGCCUGCUGACAAUGGAACUUACGAGUUGAUUCACCUCCCCCGAGACGCCACAGGAGCCGUUGAGCCCACCGACGUUAAGCGGGGCCAGGCCUCCUCCGCUGUCUUCGUCGCCCGCAACCGGUUCGCUGUUUACAAUCCCGCGAACCAGCAGGUCGACAUCAAGGACCUGAGCAACUCCACAACCAAGACGAUUAAGCCCCCGGCUGGCACCACCGAUAUUUACUUUGGUGGUACUGGCUGCUUGCUCUUCAUCACUCCCACGACGGUCGUGCUGUUUGACAUCCAGCAGAAGAAGCAGCUGGCUGAAGUUGCGGUCAGCGGUGUGAAAUAUGUUGUCUGGUCCAACGACGGUCUCUACUGCGCCUUGCUCAGCAAGCACAAUGUUACCAUCGUCACCAAGACUCUUGAGCAGGUCAGCACGUUGCACGAAACCAUCCGCAUCAAGAGCGCUACCUGGGACGAUGCCGGUGUUCUGCUCUACUCGACCCUAAACCACAUCAAGUACUCGCUUCUGAAUGGUGACAAUGGGAUUAUUCGUACCCUGGACCAGACCGUGUACCUCGUGCGCGUGAAGGGCCGGAACGUUUAUUGCCUGGAUCGCAAUGCUCAGCCACGGAUCCUGGAGAUUGACCCCACCGAGUAUCGAUUCAAGCUGGCACUGGUCAAGCGAAACUACGACGAGAUGUUGCAGAUCAUCAAGAACUCCAGCUUGGUUGGCCAAAGCAUCAUCUCGUACCUGCAGAAGAAGGGUUACCCGGAGAUCGCCUUGCAGUUCGUCCAAGAUCCGCAGACUCGCUUCGACCUUGCUCUUGAAUGCGGAAACCUCGAGGUCGCCAUCGAGAUGGCACGGGAGCUGGACCGUCCGAACUUCUGGAACCGACUUGGCACCGAGGCACUCGCCCAUGGCAACCACCAGACUGUCGAAAUGACCUACCAAAAGCAGCGGAACUUCGACAAGCUCUCGUUCCUCUACCUGUCUACUGGUGACCAGGAGAAGCUUUCCCGUAUGGCCAAGAUUGCCGAACACCGGGGCGAUUUCACCUCUCGUUUCCAGAACGCCAUCUACCGUGGUGAUGUUGAAGACCGAAUCCAGAUGUUUAAGGAGGUGGACAUGUACCCCAUUGCCUACCUCACUGCCAAAUCACACGGCUUGACCGAAGAAGCUGAGUCCAUCUUGGAAGCGUGUGGCCUCACGGAAGACCAGAUCACCCUGCCUUCUACCGAAGAAGCCUUGAGGGUUGCGCACCCUAUUGUCCCGACUUUCAAGGCCAACUGGCCCGUAAAAGCUGCCGGCCAUUCCUCUUUCGAGAAGGCCCUUCUCGGAGAAGUUGGCGCCGUCGACGAGGAGGCCGGUGCGGACGUUUUCGAUCUGGCGGAAGAAGAGCAGGAAGCCGUUCUUGCUCGGGAGACUUUGGAGGACGAGGAGGAGGAUGCCUCCGGAUGGGACAUGGGCGACGAUGUCAACAUCGAGGAGGACGCCGAGUUCGUCAACGUGGAGGGUGCUGAAGCCGGAGCCGGCAGUUCUGAGGCAGAUUUGUGGGCUCGCAACUCUCCAUUGGCGGCUGAUCACGUUGCUGCUGGGUCCUUUGACACUGCGAUGCAGCUUCUGAACCGCCAGGUUGGUGCCGUACACUUUGCCCCUCUGAAGAGCCGCUUCCUCGAGGUCUUCAAGGCCUCCAAGACCUAUCUCCCCGCCACUUCUGGUUUGCCGCCCCUGGUCAACUAUGUGCGGAGAAACGUCGAGGAGAACGACAACCGGAAGGUGCUUCCCCACAUUCCGCGUGACUUGGAGACUGUUGCCAAUGCCGAUCUUCAAGAGGGUUAUGCGGCAAUGCGGGCCAACAAGCUGGAGGAUGGCGUGCAAAUCUUCAAGCGUAUCCUGCACACGCUCCUCGUGAACACUGUUUCCUCCGAGGCCGAGGUGGAGCAGGCGAAAAAGAUCAUUUCCACGGCCCGGGAGUACAUCCUUGCCAUGUCCAUUGAGCUGGAGCGCCGCUCUAUUCCCACCGAUUCCGAAGAGGGCCUGAAGCGGUCCCUUGAGCUGUCGGCGUACUUUACCAUCCCCAAACUGGAGGUUGCUCAUCGGCAGUUGGCUCUGAUGGCUGCCAUGAAGUUUGCGUUUACCAACAAGAACUACUCUUCUGCCCUGAGCUUCGCCAACCGGGUGUUGGCUAACGGAGGCUCCACCAAGCUUCUGGAACAGGCCAGGAAAAUCAAAGCCCAAUGUGAACGGAACCCGCAGGACCAAGUUGAGAUCGAAUUCGACCAAUUUGCCGAGUUUGAUAUUUGCGCCGCUUCAUUCACCCCGAUCUACAGCGGCUCUGCCAGCGUGUCCGACCUCUUCACCGGCGCCAAGUACCAGCAGCAGUAUAAGGGCACCGUGUGCCGGAUAUCCGAGGUCACCGAGAUCGGUGCGCCGGCCAGUGGUCUGCGCCUGUUCGUUCCUGGUCAAUAUUAA